CCUGACACGCCAACCAUGGCCGUCGUGUCUUUGCAGCCAUCCCUGGGCGCCUGCGUGGUGGAGCUGGCGUUCCCCUCUCACUGGUUCUCCCCGGGCUCCUCGCGGGCCGAGCUGGCCUACACGCUGGAGCCCGCCGCCGAGGGCCCCGGGGGCUGCGGCCCUGGCGGGGAGGACCCUGGGGAGCAGGCCCUGCCAGUGGGCAGUGUGGAGCUGCGCCCGGCGGACCCCCCCCAGUACCAGGAGGUGCCCUUGGAUGAGGCAGUGACUCUGCGGGUGCCCGACGUGCCCGUGCGGCCUGGCCAGCUCUUCAGUGCCACCCUCCUGCUUCGCCACAACUUCACGGCCAGUGUCCUGACCCUGCGCAUCAAGGUGAAGAAGGGGCUGCAUGUGACGGCCGCCCGCCCAGCCCAGCCCACCCUCUGGACCUCCAAGCUGGACCGCUUCAAGGGCUCCAAGCACCACACCACCCUCAUCACCUGCCACCGCGCUGGGCCCACAGGACCCGACGCCAGCAGCCCCCGCGAGCUGUCCGAGUUCCUGUGGGUGGACUUUCUGGUGGACAAUGGCACUAGCGGGGGCCUGGCAGUCACUCGCCCUGUCACAUGGCAGCUGGAGUACCCAGGCCAGGCUCCUGAAGCAGAGAAGGACAAAAUGGUGUGGGAGAUCCUGGUAUCGGAGCGGGACAUACGAGCCCUCGUCCCACUGGCCAAGGCCGAGGAGCUGGUGAACACAGCACCGCUGACCGGAGUGCCGCGGCGGGUCCCCGUGCGCCUGGUCACCGUGGACAGCGGGGGGGGCUCUGGUGGAGGUGACAGAGCACAUUGGCUGUGAGUCGGCCAAUGCCCAGGUCCUGCAGGUAUCCGAGGCCUGUGACGCCGUGUUCGUGACGGGCAAGGAGAGCCGGGGCGCUCGAGGGGUGCGGGUGGACUUCUGGUGGCGCCGGCUGCGGGCCUCGCUGCGGCUGACCGUCUGGGCCCCGCUGCUGCCCCUGCGCAUCCAGCUGACGGACACCACCCUGGAGCAGGUCCGCGGCUGGAGGGUGCC